AUGCGGGGUGACGGGAAAGCGGUUACCUAUGCACAGACCGUGAAGAGGAAGAGCGGUCAGCUGACACCACAGGAGCCCGCAGUCAAAGGCAUCCGCAUGGCUGUACUGCCUCAAAACUACCCGGCGGAGUCGUUGGAGUCGGAGCAGCUCACUGUGCUCCAAAACCUCCUCAUGGAAGAAGUAUUCAGAGACGAUGAAUACGCGGCGUCCUUCCUUGGGGUAGAAUUUAAAGGUGGCAUGCUACAGGUGGACUAUAUGGAUGAGUCGUUCGCCGACUGGCUGCGGGAAUUUACCCCAAGGCUAGGAGGCUGGACCGGUCCAGUCCUUUGUGCAAAAAGGGCGGAGGACCUGCCGGUCAUGCACAGGAUGACAGUGUUCCUCCCCCCCAGUGAUGAUAAGCCGUACGCCGUUCGCCCUACUGGAAGAGAAAGGUACGUACGUGCAGAGAGCUUCCGCUGUUUUACAGGUUCAACAUGGUGGUCAAGAGGCCGCACAAACCCGUUACCACAGGGAGCAAGGAGGACGAGUGGUAGCGGGUCAAAACAGGAAACAACGGUCGCAAACAAGGUGGUGGAGAGAAUGCAGGUGUACGAUUUGGCAAAACAACCGGGCGUGAGCAGGGCUGAGCAGACUGCGCUAGUCGCUACCGCUGACGUCCCGGAUGCCCAGGAAGUCGAGCUACCCUCCACCCAGGAACUCCUCGAAGGACUAGGUGACCAUGUGGACCACAGCGCGAACGACGGUGGGGAUGUGGACAUGCCCCCCCUCGAGCCACUACCUUAA